CUGACUCUCUGUCCCCUCCCAUCGGCGUCCCCUGUCGCCGUGCGCGGCCACACCUGCAUUAAACGGGGGAAGUCCGUCCGGUGGAGAGGCAGAGAGACUGUGGGCUUUCACCGAGAGCGAAAGGGGGGGGAAGCGCGGCACCCACGGCACCUUCAUUGCUCUGGACCCUCUCAUCCAAAAGACGGCUGAAGGUAUGCGGCGACAUACGGCUGUGGGACUUUGAUGAUCUGGACAACGAGCUGGGAAUUACUGAAAAGAAAUCGAGAGCAGCUACUGCGCGGAGCUGAAGGCAUUCAGUGUGAACAGCUUAGCGCACAGGUUUUCCCUUGUGAUGCCUGGCAGAGUGAGGACAGUAAUACUGACUCGGCCAUUGUCUCAUCACUGGUUCCGGACACAGCGAGGCUCCCCGAGUGCCUUGCCUGUCCAUUGUGACUAGAGAACAGACGAAAGAUCCAGCUUGUCUGCAUAAAGACCUAUUCAGCAUCAUUCUUCUUUGCCAGCCACCUUUGUUAUACCAGGAACAAGAGUGAAGUCUCAGCACUCUCCUUAGCCCCUAGCCUUUCCCUCUGUCCCUUUGCUUCUAACGCCCUUAUCCCCAAUCCACUUCCCUGAACCCCUUUCCCACUCCCCAGGCCCAGUUUCAGCCCCAUUCGGAGUCCCAGAUGACUGCUCAGAAACAUCCGUUACCCUCCCACUCCGCACGAGCCUUCUUUCCUCUCCCUCCAGCCCCCGUGGCGCUUGGCACCGAUGCCCAUCACAUAGACAGAUGGAGCCAACCCUGACCCCUCUCUUCGCCCGUGGGGACGCCAAGAGAAUCAACGCCUGACUAGAGGAGAAGAGGGUGGGUGCGAGUGUAAAAGGGGGGGGAGACAGGAAGUACAGCAUUGCUUUGUCACCACGGCAACACAUCGUCUAAUCUCCCAUGGACUCCCCUUCAGCCUGUCCCGCCGUCCUCAGAUAAAAAAUGCCUUUAAAAAUGCACACAGCAGGAAAUUCAGCAGCAGGAGCAGAAGGAUCUAUCUUUUUUCUGACAUAUUUUUGCUUUGAUUAUUUGGCACUGAUGCCUUGUUCUACAUUUGUGCAGUAAGAGGACGUGAAGAUUGAAAAAAAAAUUCUAAAUAUAGCGAACAUCAUUUAGAGGAAAGCAAAUGAACUGCAAAUACUGAAGGAAAGGCUGUCUAUAGCACAACAAGUUUGGUUUUGAGCCCCAGACUUCCUCUUCCCCUCCAGUCUGUGUGCUCCAGAAUGAAUUCACAGAAGUUGCAACAGCCUGGCAAACAAUAUUUCAGCUUUUUUUUUAAACAGCAUACAAGCCACUUCUCAUUGUGCUGUGCUUACCUGAAUAAAGCUGUUUUCUCUUUUUUUCCUCUGACAGUCAAAACGUAAUACGCAUUGCAUUCCAGUCCGAGCUUCCCUGGAUGUCAACGCAUGCUUUUAUCUGCUGUAAGCUACCACGUUCUGCACUGCACCUUUGCCAAGCACUCAAACAUCCACUUCUUUUUGGGGUUAUUGCGCUUUCAUUCUCCCACCUGAGUCCCUGCAUUUUUCUUUCUUUCUUUGUAUUUUUAAAAUAAGCAAAAUUUUGCCUACUUCACUUUCUUUGGAUGCUUUUGCUCUCUUCUAUCAAACUCUGCUGACCGGCACUCUGAUUAGCAUACGAUAUCCUGACAUCCAGCUUUAAAAAGAACCCCUCAUCAACAGUAAAACGAGGCACUAAUGGCCGGUGAAAUGAAUUCAGCUGGCCAACAUAACAGAGGCGGGAAUACCGGAGUCCCAAAGCUUCCCAGGUGACUGCUACCAACUAACACUUUUGUCGAUGUGUGGAUUCUUUGAUUCAGAAACUAAUGCAUUAAGGAAGACUGGGAUCUGCCUCUGUAUCCGGUGUUAACUACAAGAAAAACUACAAGAAACUCCAUGAAUUUUCAGGAACAAUGCAUCCAAACUAACUUUGUGGAACUUUUGAGUACAAACCAUUGUGGAUAAAAUACAAUACACUGAUCUCAGUAAAUUUUUUUGGAACAUUUUUGGGGAAUUACAUUUAACUUCUUUUUAGAUUUGCUAAAAAUUGAAAAUUUCUGGAUAAUUAUGAGCAAAUUCCCCCAUAAAACUUCUGGAAUCUCUUGCUUGUCCUGAUCGACCUGCAGCAACCUUUGGUAAAUUUAAGAAGGACUGAAGUAACCUUGUGGAUUCUCUUCCCUCGUUGUGGUGGUGGCAUCCUUCUUCAGCAGGCUGGGAGUACCACUACAAUGCCGGAGUUGGACGACCUUCCCCCCGCGAGGGAAGCCAGGAGUCCUGAACUGGGCCUUAAUGGUCCAGCAGACCCAGCACAGAUUCAGCACAGCAUCCUAGAGGAACAAGUGGAGCUGUGGUGGUUCAGAGAUCCUGGGAAGUCUGUCCUCUGCUACUGUGUCGCUGUGAUUCUCAUCCUGGGUUGCGGACUCGGGGGCGUCGGCCUUCUUUCGACUACCACCAGCGUCUCGAGUGAGUGGCGGCUCGGCACGGGCACAGCUUUGUGCCUGCUAGCCUUGGGAGUCCUGCUCAAACAACUUCUCAGCUCAGCCGUGCAGGACAUGAAUUGCGUUCGGAGCCGACAGCGGAUCAACAUGCUAAAGAGCGGCGGUUUAUCUGACCUUCUAGUGGUUUUAAUUACCGGGCUGUCACUGUUGAUUUGUGGAGGGGUUCUACUGCGUCUGGCCCUUGCCAACCAUAUGCCAAAGCCUGGCCAAGCCCUUAAUGACAUGUACAUUUCUGGAGUGGUUUUGCUGGCUGGAGGUGGAGCUGCAGUUGUGGGUGUUGGGAUAUACUCUGUAGUGGUGAUCCUUCUUGAGAGGACGAGGCACGGACGGCGGUUUGUAGACCGGGUUUUGCACAUCUUCACUGUUUCAGGACAUAUGGACCGUCAUGCUCGAAGAGAGACUACUUCCAGUUUGGCUAACCUUAUAUGAGAUGCAACCCCAAUAAAGCUUUUUUUUUGCCCACUGGCUCAACUAAAUUAGAACUGGCUUUAUGCCCAGACACAGAUUCAUACCAUACAUGCUUUGGCAGACUGUGUACGAGAUAAAAUAGUUGAGUGUGUAGUAUAUUCUUAGUGAACACGUUAGUUAUUGGCAGUCAGAUCUCUGUGAGUAAGGAUGCAAAAAUGGAAAAUGGCAGAAGAACUGAACACUGCUGUACAUGGUGAUGGUCUGCUUUUUAUCUAUAGUGGGUAAAUGUUACUCCAUUCUCACAGGACAAAUGCUAAACAGCAUGGAGAAGACACACAGAACAACAACAAAAAAAUAUUUAAGCCAGUUCUGAUAAAUUACAAGCACAAUUUUUAUCCCACAGGAGAAGCAAGCUACAACUGAGUACAGCUAACCUACAGCAGGAGUAAAGUCCAUGAAUGAACUUUGAGCUAUUCCCUGUCUAUAAAUUCCAAGAACUGUAAGCCUACAACCAAACAAACCCAUCUUGUUCUCUAAAAGAUGAAGUAAUGUUUUUUUUGAGUCCUCAUUUGGAGGGCAGCACAUUCAAAUUUAUGCAUGUGAUUUGCAUCUGUGAUCUGCUUUGUCAAAUUGACUAGGGACCACACAUCUGACCACUACCUGCUCACUGAGGCUCUCGUAGUUGCGGAUGAGAGUGUCAUCUGAAUGGAUGAAAUGGAAAUUGAAUAAGAUGGAAUCUGCAAGAAAUGGGACAGCAUGAACAUGAACAAAUCCUAUUUAUAAUUUUUGAUUCAUAUCCCAUCCUCAUGAUCUUCGUGUAUAUGUGAAAAUAUUGCCUCUGCAAUUUCUGGGAUGAUGAAUACGAGGGAUUCUUUGGGAGUUUUAUUGCCUCGGUUUAAUAAUAAUUUAACAAAAUUCAUGCUGCGGAGAUAUAGUGUUUGUGGCAGCCUGUCAAAUGUGAUUGUUGGAGACUUGUAUCACAGCACUUUAGAAUGUAUGAAUAACUUGUGUUUUUUGUGCAUCAACACUGUACUGUCUUAAUUGUGACUCUCGCGGCGCUUUGUUAUCUUAAACCAGUGUUAAUCGAGAUUUUUGAUAUCGUCACGCCAUCGCAUUCCACUGUGUACUGUAAAACACUCAUUUAAAAUAACGUGGAGGUCAUAAAGAACAACCACCAAGCUUUGUAGACUCAUUUAGUCUCGCUUUGUUGCAUGGAUUUCUCUCAUUGUCCAGGUGGGCAGCCAGGGUGAGCAUUAGAGUUUUGAUACCACCAAAAAAAGAUAAUGCAAAUCUUGCUGUAUUAAGACUUAAAUAAUAGGAGUUAGUCUCCAGUUCUGAUUUUGUACCCACUAUCUUGUGAUGGCAUCACAUUAGCCACGACAAUUGUCAACAUGUUGUUCACAUUCUCAGCCAUGAAUAGCCUACUCAGUAUUCAUUAUUUCUUUAUUAGAUAAAGAAUUGGCUCAUGGUCGUGCUCAGACUGAGCCUUUAUUUUGAUGUCAGCUACACACUUAAAAUUUCAUGGCUACAUCUUGUGCUGUUGGACGAACCCACGUUCAGCUGCUUUCAUGGUAGUUUUAUCUACAGCUGGUGAUGCCAGGGGCACAUUUUACUCUGAUGGCACUCUAAGGGAUUCUGGAAAACAAUAGCCAGUAUGCUUUAGAGGAAAGGCAAAAAAAAAAAAAAGGCAUCUGGACUUUAAACUUGGAACCAACACGAAAUGCAGAGAUCCAUAAGGAAAGUUGUGUGUAUGAGCUGUGUAUGGGCAUGCAUUUAUCCAGUCUAUUUAAGGUGUUUCCAACAAGAACAACAUGACAGCAUGGCAGUACUGGCCUCAAGAAGCAAAUACGUUAUAAGGAUUAUUUCAUGAAUCAAAAUCAAUCAGUGCCUCCCACCUAGCCAACUUAGAAUCAACAUUUUUCUUCAAAGUAAAAUCAUUUCAUUACCUUUGACAUAACUAUGUGAAAUUCUACCUUUAAAAUGUGAAUAUUUUCUGAGUUACAAUCCCUCAAAGUACAUAUUGGAUGGUUUUGUGUUUUUUGCUUUUUAAUUUACAGUUUUUCCAGCAAGUACGGGAGAUGAUUUUGAAGAAAACACAUUUAAGGCUUGUUAAAAAUCGCAAUAGAAUCACCUUUUCAACCACUCCAAGUGACACAAUGCAAAGUUAAAAUCUUUUUGUUUAUCAUAAAUGUUUUUUAAUAACCAACUCUGAGCAUUAAUCUCAUGGGAUAUAUUAUAGUUUCAGUGACAAAACUAGGCAAAUUUAAUGUCUAUCACAUAGAGUAGCAGAAACAAGCAUUGGCACACUGGACGUUUUAUUUACUUUCUGGCAAUCCACUGGUGAAAACUUCAGAAGGUGACUUUUGGGAAAAACUUUCUAUGGGUCACAUCACCGUGUGGGAUACUUGGCUGGUCAAAACAUGCUGUUGAAUCUGAAAGCUCUCAUUCCAACUCUCCUUUUGGCACUAGGCUCAUCUUCUAGCCAUGAUUUCCUUAAAGCUUUAGGUGAUCCUGUAAAGAUGGUCCAGAAUCUUUGGAAUGAGGAUGCAGAAGAUCACCUUGAUCACAGAUGCUUCUUAUGAGAGGUCUUGUUAAGCUGCUGACAGUUUUCUUGUGGGCACCAUGGCACGUCUCUUUGCGUUGCCUAACUAAACUUUAGAGAACAACAUCCAGUUGGUGUGACACUCGUACUGACCUGCUGGCUCAUUACUCAGAUCAUGCAUUAAUCCAGAUUUUUUUAUUUACAAUAAAAACCCAUUUAGAUACCAACACUACCACUAUUGCACUUCUCUAAAUAAUACUCAGACUUUACAAAAAUACACUUUUAAUUUAACCGCGGUGCAUAGUUGGAAGUGUCAUCUGUAGUCUCGGCACUUUGAAUUUAUUAGAUGUGGGCUAUUUCUGGCUCAGAUAAUAAGCCAUAAUCAUUCCUCACAAAGCUGAGACGAAGAAAAAUCAGUGAAAUUAAAUCCAUCGCAUCAGCCUGGCCAGUCAUAGAAUUUCAGUGCAUUUGCAAUCGUUUAAACUGGGUUGUCGAUAUGUCUACAUGAGUUUUUCUCUGAAUUGGACGACUCCACGCUAUGCUGCUGAAAAUAUGGCUUUGGUAUCAUUUAAUCCUGCUUGUUUCCAGAAAUUAAAAAAAAUAUAUAUCGCAAAAGCAAUCAUGUUUCUUCCUUUUGGAAAAGUUCAUCUGAUACUUUUAAGACGCAAGGACAGAAUCAGAGUAGAAGAUGCAAAAGGUCAUUCGUGUUUGCGAAACGCUUACAGAAAAACCUAAAAAAUGGCCUUGCAUUGUGUUUCUGUUGUGUGUGCGUAUGUAAGUCAGUAACGCCUCUUAUCUGUCCCCACAUACGCACAGGCUGUUGCCUUGAGACAAAAGGGUCACACAGUUAACCAUUGUUGGUGUGAUGACGGACAGCAAGCUGAAGGCACAAUGCACAACACAGUGAUCUGUAGGGGCUGGCAUAGACCAGCACCGCUUUCUUUCAAUACACACACACACAGAAAAAUAAAAUAGCAUGGACCCUGCUGGAUUUUGACAACACGUAGAAAUCCUCUGACUUUUACUUACAUAAGUUUGUCUUUUGACCUGCAGUGCCUAUACAGUAGAAAUGACUGGCUGUGAACCCAUGCAUGACAGCCAGAAGAGGUGAGCAGAGCGAACUGGGAGGCAGUUCUGAUACUGAGGAGAGAGGACUGUGUGGGAGGAGAGGAUUCAAAGCUUUUCUGUCAAGCUAAACAGAAGAAAGAAUACAAAAACUGGACAAAUUGUUUCUCUGCUAUACACUGGAUUUGAAAGACAUUCAGACCGCUCUUCUGCUUGGUAUCGUUUUGUUAAAUUCAUCUUAAAAGGAUAAAAUGGUCAUUCUUGUCCACAA